ACCAAGCAAACGGAAAGGCAUGCUAAACUAAAGCUCGCACUGAUGACGAUGAGCUUCACCGUGACGAAGGUGGCCGAGGAGCUCGUCGCCCCCAGCUGUGCCACUGCCGCCGCCGAGCCUAGCCUCCCCCUCUCGUCCUUGGACCAUGCCAUGGGCCUCAGAUUCUUCGUGGAAGUGGUCGCCGCUUAUGAAGGCGGCGGCCUGCUUCAGUCCCCAGCCGACGACAUCAGAGCCGCGCUGGCUAGUGCGCUGGCCCACUACUACCCGGUUGCCGGCCGGCUCGUGGUGUCAGACGACGGAGAGCUGGAGGUGGCUUGCACCGGCGAGGGGGUGUGGUUUGUCGAGGCGAAGGCGAGCCGGUACAGCCUGAGCGAUCUGAGGAACCUUGAGUUCCCUCUGGCGAUCCCCAAGGAGGAGCUCCUGCCAUGUCCACCCCCGAGUUUAAACCAGCACGAGAUGAUCUUGAUGAUGCAGGUGACGGAGCUCAAGUGUGGCGGCUUCGUGAUCGGAGUUAAAUUUAACCACAUGGUGUUCGACGGCGUUGGAGCGUGCCACUUCCUGAACGCCAUCGCCGACAUCGUCCGAGGCCUCUCUGGUCCUGCCGUCGAGCCGGUCUGGCUCAGAAAGGCGAUCCCGGCCCCGCCGAUGCGCCACCCGAAGCCCCCUCCGACGGUCGCCUACAACUUCGUUCGCUCACUCUGCGACUUCCCGCCGCACGCAGUCAACGCCAUUAAAGACUCGUACGCGCGGGGGACGGCCCACUGCUGCACCACCUUCGACGCGUUGGCCGCCGUCCUCUGGCGGAGCCGCGUCCGCGCCAUCGGCCUCGAGCCGGAGGAUGACGCCCACCUCGUCUUCCCGGCCAACGUGCGCCACCUGGUGAAUGCUGCCGGCGGCGGCUACUACGGCAACUGCGUCUACUUCAUGACGGUAACGAAAAAGAGCGAGCGGGUGGCUCGCGCCCCAGUGGGCGAGAUAGUGGGGUGGAUACACGAGGCGAAGGGGAGCCUGGCGGCCAAUUUUGCGGCGUGGGCGGCUGGCGACUUCGAGGAAGACCCGUUCAGAGUCCCGAUCGGAUACGACGCGCUGAACCUGUCGGAUUGGAGGGCGGUGGGGUUCCACGAGGUGGACUACGGGAGCGGGGCGCCGCGGUGCGUGGCGCCGCUCAACGACCACGUGUUCUUCGCCGGCGGGAUCCUUCUGAAGCGGCCGGCACCGGAGCAGGGGGUGCGGUUCGUGGGACAAGUCGUGACCAAGGAGCACGAACAGGAUUUCGUGAAGCAACUGAAGGAAUUCGUGUAAACCGGAAAAUCCGCAUAAAGCGGCACUCCUCACAAACGAUAAUAGCGCCGUUAAUUAUCACAAGAAUAUCUCCUUUUAUUGACUUCUUUUUAAGUGAAUAAUAAAUUUGAUCGAAAUAAACUGUAUACAAAUUUUAAUCAAAAUUAUUACAUAACAAUAUAUUAAUUUUGAAAUUAUUA